AUGUUGCGGAUUUACACCAGCCUACUCAGUGCAACUGUUGUCACAAAGGGAACAAAUAAAAAUCAGCAAAAAGAAGCUCCUAUUGCAUAUUCACAGGAGUUUGAAAACUUUGGAGACAACGUAGACUACUCCGGUAGCUUUGUUACGGAUAGGGAAUUUAUCUCCUUAGAUGAGUUACAUAGUUGGGCCGAUGCGAUAGCAAUAACAAUCGGUUUUCAAUUUACAUGUGCUUCUUAUAAAAAGAAAGAAGGACGUUCUAGAGUUAGUGUCUAUUUAAGAUGUCGCCGCUAUGGUAAUAUUAGGGGUGAUGUACAUAAUCUAGAUAAUACUGCCCGACCUGGUUCUAAAAGUAGAAGUUGCGGGUGUAAAUUUAUGAUUGUAGGAAGUAGUCGUAAACCACCAGAAAGACCUUGGACGGUAAGGGUGUGUCCUGGUGAAAAAGGAAAAAAUAACCACCCGUUCUUGGUGUACAGAGAUGGUCAUGUAAGGGCAAAUAGGAUUAAUGUAGAUAUUCGGGAGCACAUACGACAGCUUAGUGCAACCGGAAUGCAACCGGCCUUUAUUAUGAAUUCUAUUAGAGAUAAUUUUCCUUGUUUUUAUGCUAGUAUGAAUCAAAUAUAUAAUAUUAGGCAAUCAAUAAGGAGAAAAGAGAUGGAGGGUAGGACUUCCCUUCAACACUGUCUUCAUAUGGCCACAGAACUUAAUUAUGUGGUCUGGACAGACUUGGAUAACGAAGGGCAAUUGAGCAGACUAUUAAUUGCAAAUCCUACCUCUAUCCAAAUGAUACGUACGUGGCCGUAUGUUAUGCUGAUAGAUACAACGUACAAAACAAACAAACAAAAGUGGCCACUAUGUGAAGUGAUCGGAAUGACGCCAAUCAAUCACAACUUCUUGGUUGCGUUUUGUUUGAUGCGAGAUGAGGCGGCUGUGUCGUAUUCGUGGGUGUUGCAGGGAUUGAGAGAUAUUUUCGGCACUGCUCAGACUCCUAAACAUUGCCAUUGCUUAUUAUGGUUUUGCUGACGGUAAUUCGCAAUAUAAUUGUUUGGUUCUUCCGUUAAGGAAAGCAUCGGGCGUGAAUAGUGUAAAUAAAGUAAUACAUAUAUGUUGGGUUAAUGGAAAUCAUUUUGUUCAACUUUUAA